CAACAUGGCAGUUAGAGACUACAAAUCCCAUCACCGACUGAGAGCUGAACCCGGAAGUAUAGCCUGCCGCUGGCUUCUCAAGGCUUUGCUACAAACAUUCAAAUGUGUGAUCGAUGGUAAGAAGUGGGUGAUGCUGCCGCCCUGGUGGAUGGAGAGUCUGUGAUUGUACUAAUGCAUAUUGCUAUGGGGAGCAAUAAGAUAUAGUCUGCAAGAAGAAAGAAAAAAGUGUAAUGAAACCGAAACCUACAACACAAGUGAGCUAUGAACAUGUGACCUCCUAAUCCCUUGUUGUUGUGCUGAAGACGAGCCAUCGUGGAGUUAAAUGUUACAAUUAUGAAAUGUAAAGUACAUUAAUAUUCUCUAAGCGCUGGUAGACACUUCAGCAAUGGCGCCACUAAGGACCUGCAGAGCAUCCAUUUCAAGGGCCGGAACAGUGAAAAAUGUCUGCAUCCUCGCCAGCAGAAGGUGCAUAGGAUCCUUCCCAAAAGCUUCCUACACUAAUCACAGGAUCAACAUGGACAUUUUAAGGAAAAUCUUAUGCCAGAAAAAUACCAAAUUUAAGAAAGUCUGGAGCAAGCACUCGAGGGCGGCAAUCAACUAUGUAAAUGGAAGAAUUUAUUUUGCUAACUUUGGCUGUUGUUACAGCAGUAUUGGAAAUAAACCAAAACAGCUGUAUGAAAUGCCUCGAUGUGUAAAGUCAGAGAAAAUUGAAGAUGCAAUGCUUUGUGAGUGUCCACUGGGGGAACCUCUUCCUCAGUCUUCAGACUACACCUCCUCACUUAUUGCUAUAACUGCCCACAACUGGUUACUUCGUAUUGCAGCUGAUACUGGGGAAACUUUACAGCAGGUCUAUCUUGGGUCAUACAGAAAAUUCAGGUAUAUUGCUUGGGAUAUUCCCCAACAGACACUAGUGAUAAAGUCUGUCCAGAAAAAUUGUAUUUCGGAAAAUCAGCCAAAUGUGAUGUUUUACUUUGCAGUUUUCAAUGUGUUCCCAUUAUCCCUGGUUGGAGUUUUGGAAAUUGAUAAAAAAGUUUUUGGCCUUAAUGUGACUGAUGCGAUGAUCGCUGAUGGCAUACUGGUUGUAAUGCACAGUCCUGGGUUGGUUCGGCUCUACAGUUUUGAGCAAAUUGCUAAGGAGUGUAUGCAGCAGAAAUGUGUCAUAGGGGAGACUUGCAGUUGGAGAGGUGAAACUGGGACGGUUGGAGACUUUCCAUUUGGAAUUCCUUGCAAUAUCACUUUGACAGAGAGACCUCCAAUUCUGUUUGAAGUGCCUUGUCUUGAAAAUGCUUUUCAAGUUGGUGGCUAUCCCUGGCAUUAUAUUGUUACACCCAAUAAGAAAAAAGAGAAAGGAACCUAUCACAUCCUGUCCAUGGAUGACCACAGCCUGGCAAAGAAUGGAAUACGUGAUAUGAAAGCUUGUGCUUUAGAGCCUGAUGUGAUCCACUUUCACCCUGAUUCUUCUGAAAGAAUCAUCCAUUUUGAACCCAAUCAGAUUAGUGUUUUAAGACUGAAGGAACUUCAUGAUGAUGCAUAUAAAUAUGAGGUUACUGAGGAUUUCAUCAUAUUUGCCACCAGAGACCCUCAGGUGGACAAUCAGGUGACUUUCACAGCCUCUGGGAGAAUGGUGAAAAAGCGGUAUAAUAAACUAGAUGAUGAUCCAGACCAAGAGACAUUCAAGACGGUGGUGUAUGAAGAUGAGCUUGAACUCCUAAUAGUGGUGGCUGUAACGCAGACAGACAUAGAAGGCAAAGCGCAUGUAGAUCUUCAUUGUAAUGAGACUGGGAAGAUUCUUAAGAAGAUCACACUGGAAGAAUCUUGGGAUGUAUGUCAGCCUCCUAGUGGACAGCAGCAUAAUACCCAUGGUCUCUGUGUCCCCCAAUUAAGGCUACGAGAAAGAGAGAGAGAUUUUACAACUCACAGCCAUGCCUUAGUGUUUGAUCGGGACACCUUAAUCCAUAUAGAAGAGAGACCAAACCAUAACUUCUCAUGUUAUGUUUAUAAAAUGCAGUGCAGCUCUGAUGAUUCCUAGUGUAUAUGAAUUUAUGGAUACUGAGAAAAUACUUAUUUUUUUGUAAAAUCCUUCUUUGUUCUGUAUCCAUGUUUUAAAGGCAAUAAAUGUGUAAUGCAUUUUUUUUUCUGUUACUAAUUUUCACACAACAGUACACUCCUCACUUCUGUAUUAUGGGCUACAGAGCUCCGUAUGUCACUGUUUAUCCUUAGCUGUAACCAUGUGUUAUGGGUUUAGCACGACAGGUCACUCUACAGUAUUCUUUAAGUGAAAUGAUGAU